CAGGGCGCCCGGCGCUCGGUCCAAUGCGGGCGGCCAGGGCAGGGACCCCACUGCGGGGCCGGAGGAGUAGGCAGGCGCCCAGAGAGAUGCUUUCAAGUUGGCGGGCGGCGGGAGUGGGGGCUUUGCGCCCCGGCGCAGCUGCUGUGCGCGCGGACAGGGACUCGGUCCCUGGUUUUCCCCAAACCUGGGACCCGGUGUGCGGGUAGGUUUGGGCAAGCCGCGGAGCGGAGCAGUUUCCUCCGAGAAAGUUGAGGAUGGAGCCCUUCUUUCGGCACUGUCCCCGCGGUAGGACGAGUCCCGAGGGUGCCGCCCCGAGGCCCCAGUGUGGAGGAGCCGAGUGGGUCGCUGCUCCCCUGGGCUGAGUUCCUCCACCCCUGGCUGAAAUCUGCGAAUCACCGGAUCUUCGCUUCUCUGGCGUCUUCUAGGAAAACCAUUCAUGCCAAAACUGAGAAAACUCGCUGUGCGCCCUCCUCGACUGUUCCGCAAUGAGUGCCAAGUCUGCCAUCAGCAAGGAAAUUUUUGCACCUCUUGAUGAAAGGAUGCUGGGAGCUGUCCAAGUCAAGAGGAGGACAAAGAAAAAGAUUCCUUUCUUGGCAACUGGGGGUCAAGGCGAAUAUUUAACAUAUAUCUGCCUGUCAGUGACAAACAAGAAACCCACACAGGCGUCCAUCACGAAGGUCAAACAGUUUGAAGGCUCCACGUCAUUCGUGCGGAGGUCACAGUGGAUGCUUGAGCAGCUUCGCCAGGUUAAUGGCAUCGAUCCUAAUCGGGAUUCUGCAGAAUUUGAUCUGUUGUUUGAAAAUGCAUUUGACCAGUGGGUGGCCAGCACAGCUUCAGAAAAAUGCACCUUCUUCCAGAUCCUCCACCAUACCUGCCAGAGGUACCUCACGGACAGGAAGCCCGAGUUUAUUAACUGCCAGUCCAAACUCAUGGGAGGAAACAGCAUCCUCCAUUCGGCAGCCGAUAGCGUGACCAGCGCCGUACAGAAAGCGAGCCAGGCCUUGAACGAGCGUGGGGAGCGGUUAGGCCGAGCAGAGGAGAAGACGGAAGACAUGAAGAACAGCGCCCAGCAGUUUGCGGAAACUGCACACAAGCUCGCCAUGAAGCACAAAUGUUGAGAAGCUGCCUAUCUGGGUGAUGACCCUCUUAAGAGAAAUGGAAGAGCUCAGCGGUUUUUACAAGAAUUCCGGACCUCUGCUUGCUU